CUACAUCCAUUGAAUCACUUAAAUCUACACGAUAUGAGUUUUUCAUUAUACGAUUUAGAUGAGGAUAUCAGAAAGCUUCUCAAUCUAGAUAAUUUUCUAGGAGGACAUACUGUUAAUGAUUUUAUUGAAGAACUCAGUAAAGAUCAUUUUCUUAAAGGAGCUGAAGUUAACAAGUUGGAAUAUUUAGAUCCCAAACCAUAUAUUCGUACGUUUGAAUCGACUCUCCGUGAACUAAAGAGACUCAACGAGGAUGGAGAGACACGUAAACGACACGUUGAACGAGAAGUGGAGGAAUAUGAAUUGAAACAUAGUGAGAAUGUGAUUGCCCUUUCAUCUAAAGUUGAUAGAAUUACAGAGAGUUUUACCAAUUUAGAUUCUAAAAUCUCCUCAGUAACAACCAAAAUUGACCCAUUGGGUAGAUCGUUAAAUAAGAUCACCAAUUCAAGAGAUAGAUCCACUGAAACCAUCUUUCUUAUCCGAGCAUAUCAUGGAUUUUAUACCAAGGAAAGAUACGAACCACUUGAGAAACUUAAAAGUAGUAACAUUUAUGAAGAUCGAGUGAAAUGUGCUAAAACUAUUGUAGAUUUGCUUACAUUGGCCAAGAAAAUUGCAUCUCCAGAACUUGCAAAGGCAAAUCAUUGUGUCAAUGUAAUUGAAAAAUUUAGUGAAACUUUUGAAAAGGAAUUGUUAAUAAAGUUUGAUGUUUAUUUUGAAGAUGAUCAAUUCGAUAAGAUGAGAGAAAUUGCCAGUAUAUUACAUCAAUUCAACGGAGGUGCCACUGUAGUGCAACUAUUUGUUAAUAAGCACGAUUUCAUGCUUGAUUCGGACAAUACUGAAGAUAGUACCAUGCUUGAUAAUGAAGCCAUUUGGACUAAACUUUCAGAUCCAAGCUUUGGAGAGAAUGCCAAGGAUGAGUCAACCGAACAACUUCUUAAUCGUCUUCGAAUGGCAAUUAAGGCUCAGGCCAGAAUUGUACAACAAGUCUUUGAAGAUCCAACCCCAGUACUUAAGAUUUUCAUACAGCGUAUCUAUGCUCAAAUCAUUCAAAAUAAAAUCAGUGCAUUACUUCAGUACUCACUUUCAGUGGGCACUUUGGCACAUGUAAGAAUUUUGCACUCGCUUUAUGUGUUGGUGGGAGACUUCACGCGGGAAGUGAAGGAGUUCCUCCAAACCAAUGAUUUGAAUCAAGAUGAUGAGUUGGGAUCGAUUUUGGACCAAUGUAAUUAUGAUUUAUUCAUUGAAUAUACUUCAGAAACUACAUACUUCUCACGUGAAAAGAAGAACCUUGAAGAAACAAUUUAUGAUAUUGUACAAAAAUACACAUCAUUUCAUGAGACCCAAUUGGCAGCUAAAAGUCUUACUACAAAGUUAGAAAAUUUGGAUAAUAUAGAAUAUAACUCAGAAAAAUUGAAACGAGAUCAAAAUAGUGGGAGACCAUUGCUGGAAGGAGUUCAAGAUAGAUUUAGUUUCCAUUUCCUGGAAAGAAAACGAUUAUCACAAUUUACAAACUUUAUGAAAACUAAACUCUCUGAGAAGACACCCCCAAGAUCAUCACAAGAUUUGUUUAAUGAUCGUGAAUACGUUGAAAAAUACUCCAAACUUAACAUUGGUAUAGUAGAAGUUGUUGUCAAGUCUGCCAUUGAAUCCAUUGCACGUGUUUUAGAGUUGACUCCAAAUAAGGCGCCUGAUUUUCUGUUGGAAAUAUUGGAAAUUUUAUUAUUUGAUUUUGGGAAAUUAUACAUUGGAGCAAGUUUAGAAGUUGCAUUCGAAGGUGCUAAACAAGAGAAUUUACACUCAAGAUCAGGAACAGUACAAACAUUUUCUUUAUCAUAUUUACAGUCAUUUGGAGUCACCAGUGAAGUUUUAUAUUUGAUAUCUUCAUGCAUUAAAAAGAUCAUCUUACCAUGUGCUGUGAAUAGUCCUAACGUAAGGAAAAGAAUGUAUAACCUUACCAAUAGUUAUGUAUCGCGGUGCGAGACUUCACUUAAUUUAAUUACCACAGAAUCUCUUGAAAUGGUGGCCAAUCGGAUUGCAUUUCUUUUGUUAAAGCAAAGGAAGAAGGAUUUCGUUAUGGAUACGAUUACUGAAGAAGACACUGAAGCAUGUGAAGAGGUGGCUUUAUUCUUGAAUGAAAUAUAUGAAAAAAUUGUUAAUCAUUUAAAUAAUGCCAACUUGAGAAAUUAUUUAAUCAAGAUUGGGAUGAACUUUUUAAAUCAACUUUUAGAACAUUAUAAGAAAUUCCCCGUUAAUUCCACUGGAGGGAUUAUUCUUACUAAGGAUGUUAUUAGAUAUCAAUCCAUCAUAGAUGAAUGGAAGAUUUCAGAAUUAUCAGAACAAUUCCAAUUGCUUAAAGAAAUUGCUAAUCUUUUCACCGUGCACCCUGAUUUGAUCAAUUCAUUGGUGACAGAAGGGCAACUUGCCAACCUCAAACCAUAUACUAUUAGACAAUAUGUUUCCAAGCGAACAGACUUCAACCCCAGCUAUAUAGAGAGGUUUUUUAGUUUGAAGUAAACCCCACAAACCAGUAGUACCCCUAUAGAAUUUAUAUGGCUAAUUAUGUCAAGUCACAAAUUUCAUACAAGCUAUAUUUUUAUUGAAAAUUUCCAUAUGUAAUAAUUAUAUAUUUACAACUCCA